CCCAUAUAUAUAUUUCCCUUAGACUACACUUUACAUAGACUGUUGUCAUAAACAUCAGACCUGAAACCCAAAAGAAACAUGACAACAAGCCAGACCACAAGGAUCAUUGUAGCACUUCCGGCGGUUCUGGCGGCGGUGGCGGCCAUACUACUGGUCAUCAUCCCACCGUCGUCGGCGUGGUUCUGGACCUACGAACACGUCCACAUAGUGAACGAGCUGGACGGCGGGAAGACGCUGAUCGCCCACUGUCACUCCUUGCAACACGAUUUGGGUGUCCAAUACGUCAACGCCGGGGAGGAGUACGAGUGGAGGUUCAAGCCACGUGUAUUCAAACGAACCCUCUGGCGCUGCUACUUGGCACCGGACGGUUUUCGCCACGUGGCGUAUGACGUGUACAACGAGUCGAAUCAGGUCGUAGAUUACGAUUUUAACGUGUAUUGGGUUGCGAAGGAAGAUGGGAUCUAUAAUAGAGACCAUGUUAACCGUCAGGAUUUCUUCUCUCAGCCGUGGGACGCCGGACGCCUUCCAAGUUUGAUUGGUUGAUGCAAUGUAUUAUGGGAACUUAAUAAUAAUGAUAUAUGAUGCAUCUGUUUUUUUCUUGUUACGAUGAGGUGAGAGUGAGGGAAGGCGACUCAUGCUCAUCCAAACAAAAGUUCAGGUAAAAUUAUGUGUUGUUAUGAGAGUAUAAUUAUAGGCGAUUAUUGUAACACGUUAAGCGAAUCCCACAUCGACAAAGUACAUGAGAGAUAUAUGGUUCAUAAGUAAGAAACAGACAUUAACUCCCAAGACGCGUUUUGAGCUGAAAAUGAAUUUUUGCGAGAAUU